UUAUUGUUUAAAUCAAAGAACAUUCAACUAAGCUUAUCUGUUGAAGUUACUACGCUGAUACUGAAACUAAUAAAAUAAUAACGGCAAAACCCAAAAUAAAAAGGUAAUGCUACUACAGAGAGAAACAACGAGUUAAAACUUCUCUUAUAAUUGGAACAGUCAAGUAUGAACUAAGCUCAUUCUUAAAGAUUUGAUUGGACUACAAUUUGCAACGAAACCUACUUACAAGAAUUGUAUUGAGAUUUGUAUCCAAUCAAGGUAUAUAGAAAAAUACAGAACUCGUCCAGUGAUUCUUUCAAAAAAAAAAAAACUAUAAAAUGAUCGGCAGUCUAUGAUUCUUGUAAUGCUCACAAUAUCUUUGUUUUCCAUUAAUUAUAUAUUUAGCUUGUUUGUAACCUUAUGCAAUUGUCUUGCUCACACACAUUGGAGCAAACCAAACAAUCUGUCAUUGCCACAAUGGGAACUUCCUUUUUGUUGUGUAUCUCAUAAAAUAUAACUCAACGUCUCUCGUCUUUGUCUCAAGCUACUUGGAAAAUCAAUCAUAUGUCUUAACUCCUUCAAAUGUAUUUCAUUUUCCAGAAAUUGAAUGACAAAAACAAACUCCAAUGCACAAGUCAGUAAUCCUUUUCGUUGUGGCGACGUUGCUCUUCAACCUCACCCUCUCCGCACAAGGCCAACCAGAUUCAUGGAUAGGAAUCGACUGCGGGUCGAACAAAAGCACCGCGACAUUCGGUCUCAUCUGGGACACAGAUGAGGCCUUCAUCAAGUCGGGGACGAACCACUUGGUCCCCGACAACACCCUCAUCGACCUCGUCACUUUUCAGACUCUCCGCGCCUUCACGGACCAGAACAAGAACUGCUACACACUGCCAAGAAGCAGCGACAACGGAUAUUUCAUCAGAGCUGCCUUCUUGUAUGCAAAUUACGAUGGCCAGUCGAGGCCUCCCACUUUUGAUCUCGAGAUUGAUGGCAACAAAUGGACCACUGUCGUAACCACUCCUACAGACUACGCUUUCUACGAGAUCCUCUACUGGACUCACAAACCUAACAUCAGUGUAUGCUUAGCAACAACACACAAAGAUGAGUUCCCCUUCAUUUCUACGCUCGAAGCAUGGCCUAUCUCUUAUGACAUGUAUACUGGUUUGAGCCGGGAUUUGGGGUGGCUCACCACCUACCGCUACGCCUAUGGCUCCAACACCGAGGUGUUCGGGUACAUCGGGGGAGACGACUACAACAGGAUAUGGGAGGCCACCUCUGUAGCAAACGCCGUCAACACGAGUGGCGGUAGUGUCUCCUACUGUGAUGAAAAUGUUCCAUCAUCUGCCAUUGAAGAUGCCGUAGAGAGUCCAGACAAUGCAACCUCGCUGUGGCUGAAUUUUGGGGCGGUGAAGAGCGCCACUCCUAUCUUCAUCGAGGCCUAUUUCACAGUAACGGCGGCCGGAUACUCAGACAUCAGAUCCUUUGAAAUGUACGAAGCUGGAAGCUACGCGGCGACCAUCACCCCCUCCGACUACUCGUGCACUACGCAAUCCAAUUUUGUGCAGAUAUCGUCGGGCACCAACUUGAGCAUUGAGCUGCGGCCCACGGCGCAGUCCACGCUGCCCCCAAUCAUCAGCGCCAUCGAGAUAUAUACCGCCACUGAUCCCCUUAUCAAAACAGGAACUAACCAAACUGACUUGAAUGGGUUGAUGAGCUUCACCAACACGUAUGAUCCACUCAAGGGAUGGAGUGGGGAGCCCUGCCUCCCCGCUGACACCGUCUGGCAGUGGUUGGGCUGCUCCGCCACGACUCCACCCAGAGUCACCUCUUUAUAUCUCUCAGGAUACCAACUCAAUGGCAGUCUCACUAAUUUCAGCCAAAUGCAAGCCCUUGUUAACAUAGAUUUGAGCAACAACGAUCUUAGUGGAGAAAUCCCAGAUUUCCUUGGCCAACUACCAAAUCUGAGGACACUCAACCUGGCAUACAAUGAUUUCUCCGGGGAUGUACCGACCACCAUUCUUAACAACAGAAAGCUUGCAUACAAUGUAACUGGAAACCCGAAACUGAAUGUUGAGCGGAAAGAUGGUGGUAGCUCGAAAGGCUUGAUCAUCGGCCUAGCUGUGGGCAUAACACUGCUUCUUAUAGCAGUCCUGCUUGCCGUAUUCUUGUGGAAACGAGCAAAGAAGGCAGAAGCGGAGCCACAACCAGAAAAUGGGGGUGUCCCACCGCCCACUGCACCUCCAGCAGAGGAAGACAUUCAUGAAAUACCCAAAGAUGAAAGCAUGGCUCCGGAUAUUGACUUGGAUCAACUUGAGGUAUUGAUUCAUAAGUAUGAAAAUGCUCAGCCUCACCUAUCAUCUGAUGACGACGACUGUGUUCCCGUCCCUGUGGAUGCAAGUAACGAUGAAUCCAUGGUUCCGGAUUUGGAUUUCGAGGAGCUUCAUCAGAUCAUUCACCAAGAAAAGGAAAAGGAAAAGACUGCCCCAAAUUCAGAUAGUUAAGACUCACUCAAACAUAGAUAUCGUCUUUGAUGUGAAGCCAAUCUUUUACUAUUCACGUGAAAAAUGUGUUGGAAUGUUAAACUGUAAUUUGGUUAGUAUACUCUUCAAGAAAUUUAUUUGCAGCAUAUCUAUGCGUUAAGAAUCAUUUUUAAGCUAUAAAGAAAAUCAGAUUCAAGAAAAGAGUCUUCACUUUCCUUGUCAGAAACAUCAAUUAUUUAGCCUUUUCUGUACAGAAUUAUGUGGAUAUUGCCUUGGAAUUCUUCAAUUUCCCUUAUUUUGGGUUCCGAAAGUCAUAGGCUAAUCUAUUUUUCAAUGUCUUGUAAAGCUGAUAUGACUAUUCUAUGGCUUCAGUGUUUUGCAAAGCUGAAUUGUUAACUCUAGGAUCCCAUUAUUUUUUGAGCGAAGCUUGUCACAUUGAAUUAAGAGAAAUGCAACGGAAUUUACAGACCUGUAAUCCUCGAAAAUGAGAAUGCGAUAUUAAUCACAUGUGCUCUUCACUUGAUUUUAUUUCAUAAAGUAUCAGGAGUCAAUAUAACAAAAGAUAAAAUAAUAAAACCUGAAAGUUGAAGAUACAACAACUAGAAGGAAGUGGGUACAAAAUGAACAAACCAAUAUCCUAGUAUAUUUACUCUCACCUACUUUUCAGAGGAAAUUGAAAUAUGAUCAAAACCAAUACAACAAACACUACAUGAACACUAACAAAGAAAAAAGAGAGAGAUGAAGAUGGCAGUUGUAGGAGAAAUGCAAUGCAACGGAUAGUACAAACAAAAUGCUUUCUACACUGCCAAUGGACAAAAGGGCUGCAUUCUGCAGUUAGUAUUUAUAAUGGUUAGGGGACUAUUACUUUUUCGACUUAUCCUUAAUAGAUAAAAAUAAUAAAGCUUUACUAAGAUGCGUUGGAAUUUUGGAAUAUUCCAAAGUUCUUAAUAAUUUUCAUCAUUUGAGCAAAUUUUUGCUCAACUCAUAUUUCAUUGCAAGUAAUUGGUAGAGUUGUGGAUCCACGAAUGAAACCAUCGGGACAACUUUUACCGUAGAGCAUAACAUUCUUUUUAAAGUACUUAUUGCAGACAUCUGCUUUGAUUAAGGUUACACUAGAG